GCUUUUUUGUCUCUCCAUCAAUACAGUCAGCCAACAACAGUGCUGGGGCUGAGGAAAUGGAUGGUGUGUCUAUUUUUGGAAGCAGGGAAGGAGGGCAAACCAAAAGUAAACUAGGGAGAGAGCGAGGGAGGAGGAGGGAUGUGAGGAGAAGAUAAAUCUGCAUUCUACAGCUGCCUCUGGUCAGAGACAGUUGGAGCUACAGAGAAGCAGCAUCACCGGCUGGAGACACAGCAUCAUACAUUUAAAACAUACUCAGCUGCGAAAAGGCUGCAGGCUGAUAAUUGAGAUUGCAAGAGCAGAGAAAAGAAUAAAAUACUGGACAAAACAAACACAGCUAUGCGUCCACGGUCCAGACUGCUGUCCAAGAGAAGACUCCUGCUGCCCACAAUCAGAGAGGGCACAGAGGAGACGGUGAGGGAUUUGAAUGAGGCCAACACGCUCCACAUCACUGGCCAUGGCCAGGCUGUCUCCUCAGAGGACUACCUCCUCUCCAUCUGCCACCUGGCUCACCCCACCUUCCCCACCUUGGAUGUUUCCUCCUACAACAUCCAGCAGCUGGACUCUGUGCACCAAAGACUGCAGCUGUCACGGCUCAGCGAGACUACAUCAACCACCUUUGAAUUCAAACCCACAGAGGAGGCGCAUGCUAUCGAUACGCAGCAGCGAGAGGGGAAAGAACUGAAUGGCGAGCUGAUGUUAGGCAACGCUGACCCUCUGGAGUAUCUUUAUGGACACCAGAAUAACCUCUCAGGGGGUGUGAGGAGGGCAUUUGUUGAGGCGAGGUGUAUAAGGCAACAUGGGAGCACAUGGGAGGGCCAGGCCCACUCCAGAGCGCUCAGCAUCCCCCAUGCUUCAAGUCCAGACCUCCAAUACCAGAGCAAGAGCACCUGCCCUGAGUUCCACAGCAGCACUAACACUUCUGUACCAAACGUCUCCCCAAAACCAAGCUUAUCCAGGUUGGAUGCCAGAGGGAGCCCAGCAGUCAGAGGAGCAGAGGGGGAGAGACAGAAUCCAACCAUGAAAACAUCCCUCAUAUCCCAGUGGAUCUCUGACUGCAGAUUGGCGUGGAGGGAGGCGCGUGUACGAGUCUGCUUGCUGCCCGCCAUUGCUGAGAUAUAGAGCACAAAUGGACAGACACUAUUGAACUCCAUUCUCAGCUCUGCUGGUGCCAGGCGUUGGAGUUUCUAUGGUAACUGUCGUGGGAUCCUGCUCCGGUAAACACAAGUGUGGAGAAACACAGGCUGACCACAGAUCACAGCUGUAGUGGUGCGACUGCAUCGACUGCAUCGCCUGCACGUCACAAUCAAAAGCAUUUCAUGCCUAAUAAUUGUAAAUUGACUGUACUUGUACAGUACU